AGAGAGAAUAAGAAAAGGAGCGGCAGUAGGGCGAACGAAGGCUCGAGCGACCGAUCGACCGUAGCGUGUGCUCCCUCCAGUUCCUCUCUCUCUCUCUCUCUCACUCUCUCAACACACGUAGGUACACACACUCCCGACGGAGUAGAGACGACAACGAAUCGUCGAAGCAAGUGGCACGAGUUAGUUUCUCAGCAUCGUUGAAACGAUUAAGGUAGCAGCAUUCUCUUCGUACGAGCGAAAGAGAGAGAGGGAAAGAGAGAGAGAGAGAGAGAGAGAGAGAGAGAGAGAGAGAGAGAGAGAGAGAGAGACCUUAGUUUGGUUUCAUCUUUCGAAAGGCAAAGCGAACGUAGUCUCUCGUACCUUUCUCUUUGCGAAAGGAAACAGACGCUGAUCGAGCAAGCGUCGCGUAGUAUAUACGUUCAUAUAUAUAUAUAUAUAUAUAUGUUAUUAAAUGGAGGAGGGAGGGAAAAACGAAUUGGUCUCUUAGUGUGAUAUAUAUAUAUACGUUCGAAAUUUCAAUAGGAUAUAAAAGAUUAUGUAUUAUAUAAUUUGAUAGCGGUGAAAAAAACGUUAUUGUCUUGCGCGCGCCUUAAACGCUUCGAAAAGUGUUCUCGCAAACGAACGAACGAACCGUGUGCCGAGAACGAGUGCGAGUGAUAGUGCGCGCGUGCGCCCAACCGCGCGCAGGUACGCACGCGGAGGUGCACAAUAUUACUACUACUAUACUCCCCUUUCACCUCUCAACCCUCUCUCUCUCUUUCUCUCUCUCGUCAACCUCUUCUGAUCCUCUUGCCCUUAGCCUUGAUCGAGAAACUCUGAGGACGAGGCGACGCGACGCCAGCCGACGCGCCGCGACGCCGACCACGACGACGACGACGACGACGACGUCGUUCACUACGAGAAGUAACACAAAGCUGCUGUCGAAAACGUGGGGUUCGCUUUACGAUAAUGGACGAGGAAGAAAUCGACGGUGUCAAAUCGCCCAUCAAAAGACUUGGAUCAACUAGGAAAUUACUCGUUUUUAACAGGGGGAAAAUAAGAAGAAACAAAUCAACGGCGUCCUUUUCUCUAUUGGCGUGCAUCAUACAACAAAGAAACGGAUGGAUUCAUCCUUACAGUCCAGACACCAAGGAUGUUUUCCCAGAUAUAAGGCUGCAACUGAACGAACAGUUGAGAUGUCUCGACGUAAGGAUGGAGGCACAAGUUGCCCUUGUAGCCGAACUGCAAGAUUUCUUUCGCAGAAGGGCAGAGUUGGAGUUGGAUUACAGCAAGUCUCUUGACAAAAUGGCUAGGAGUAUACAAUUAAGACACAAGGAGCAAAAGCAAAAACGUGAACAGUGGCCCCUCUUCUCCAGUUAUGCCUGCUGGCAACAGCUUGUAAAUGAGACGAAAUCUUUAAGUAGAGAUCAUGCUGCCCUUUCAGAAGUCUACAGCACACAUCUUGUCGGUAGGCUUAAUCAAGUAAUGGAAGAUGUUCAAAGGAUAUACAAACGAUGUCGUGAGAUUGGCUACGAAACACACGAAGAAAUACUCAGAGUUCUUCACGAAUUACAUACAACGAUGAAGACUUAUCAGGCUUAUCAAGCAGAGUCAAGACAAGCCGAAACUAAGUUACGUGUAGCUGAGCAACAGCGUAGUAAGCUAGAGGUUGCUAAUGCGCCACCAGAAAAAUUAGCUAGGAGCAAAAAGUACAAGCUCAUCGAGAAAGAGGUGAACAAGAGAAAGAACAAGUAUCAAGAAGCCAAAUUAAAAGCUUUGAAAGCAAGAAACGAAUAUAUAUUAUGCUUGGAAGCUUCCAACACGACAAUUACCAAGUAUUUCGUUGAUGAUCUUUCAGAUCUCAUAGAUUGUAUGGAUUUUGGCUUCCACAAUUGCAUCGCUAGAGCAUUGUUAAUGCAUUGUAGUGCGGAAGAGGGUAGGCAGCGUUCGUUACAAACUGGUGCAGAGCAAUUGGCUGCAUGCGUGGGUGCAUUGGAUUCGAGAGCGGACAAGCAAAGGUUCUUGGAAUCUCAUCAUGCUGCUUUUAUGAUUCCUAAAAAGUUUGAAUUUCAAGGACAACGUGGAGACGAGACUCCCGAGCCUGAAUUACAAAAGGUGCUACACUUGGAAAUGGAACAGCGAUUAACUCAAUUGCAACAGAGGGUUACGUCUCUUAGAACAGAGUCGGAGGAAGUAUGGAAGACUUUAGAAACGGCGGAGGCGAGUCUCCUUGAAAUGUUAACCGCCAAAGAUUACGACUGCUCGAGAUAUUUCGGCGAAAAUGCUGUACCAACGUCUAGACCACCGGAAACUUUACAGAUCAAAUUGAGAGCUGAUAGACAAGAGACAGAAGAAUUUUAUCUUACCAAAUUCAGAGAGUACCUUCUUGGAACUUCAAGAAUAGCCAGAUUGGAUGCAAAGCAGGAAUAUAUACGUCAAAGUCUAUUGGAUGGUUCUACGGCCAGUCCAAAUCCAUCCAUUUCUACUACCAAGCAAAAACAAGCACGUAGAAAACGAAUCGGACGUUUACAGAUGAACGGCCAACCAAAAUUAUUCGGUGGUUCUUUAGAGGAAUAUUUAGAAAGCACGAAUCAAGAAAUACCUUUGAUCAUGAAGAGUUGUAUAAGGGUUAUCAACCUUUACGGUUUACAUCAUCAAGGAAUAUUUCGAGUAUCUGGUUCACAGGUGGAAAUCAAUAACUUCAGGGAAUGGUUCGAAAGAGGUGAAGAUCCUUUGGCAGAUGUAACAGAUGCUUCCGAUAUUAAUAGCGUCGCUGGUGUCUUGAAACUUUAUUUGAGGGAAUUGAGAGAACCAUUGUUCCCUAUCAUUUAUUUCGAGCAUCUUAUGGAAUUGGCACAAUUAGAAUCGAAGCAAGAAUUUGUUAACAAGAUGAAGGAAUUAAUAGCGAGUCUUCCAAGACCAGUGGUGAUAGUAAUGCGUUAUCUUUUUGCUUUCCUCAAUCAUCUUUCAGAAUUCUCAGAUGAAAAUAUGAUGGAUCCUUACAACUUGGCCAUUUGCUUUGGUCCAACUUUAGUACCUGUCCCAGAGGACAAGGAUCAAGUUCAGUAUCAAAAUCAGGUGAACGAACUGAUCAAGAAUAUUAUUACCUUCUGCGAGGAAAUAUUUCCUGAAGAUAUAGGUGGUACGCAAUAUGAGAAAUAUAUCAGCAGAGAACCAGACGACGUAGACGUCGGUGAUUCGCCAACAGAUCAGGUUCAAGAGGACAUGGAUUCUGAAGUUUAUCCAUCGGAGGAUGAAUCAGAAAAUUUGGAAGCAACAGCACAGUUCGAUUUCAACGCUAGAUCGGAGAGAGAACUCAGCUUUAAAAAGGGUGAUACUUUAACUUUAUUUACGCAAGUUAGCAACGACUGGUGGCGAGGCUCAUUGGCUGGCAGAGAAGGAUUAAUACCUGAUAAAUAUAUCAUGUUGAAAAUAAAAGAUGAAGAACGAGAAAAAGAAUUAUUGAAAUCAUCCAGUGAAGAAUCCAUGAGACGAAGAGCUUCCAGUUCAGCAGACAGUGUUCUACCUAACAACAAUUCACCAUUGAUGAUGAGUUCAACUGGUACGUCGAACGCAUGGUCUUCGACUCCUGUAUCAGAUAUAUCUAUUACAACGAACACGAUGUCAGGAGAAAAUAAUAGUACUAGCAGUGGUAUCGUACCGGCAACUGUUGUUACACAUGUGCCCUGCAUUUCUUCGGCUCAACCUAUCAUCAGUCGAGAGGAAUCCACAACGUCCGGGAAGUUUACCAAAGUAUCGACUCCUGAAAAUGAGAACAUUUCAGAAAAUCUUUUGGUAUCGAACUCAAUUGAUUUGUCAAUGAUUGCACAAGAACGGAUGGAUGAAAACGAAGAAGCUGGAGGAGUAGGAGGAGGAAUUGGAGGUGGUGGUGGGCAAGGUAACGAAAGCGGGAUAAAAAGUCGAGGAGCUGGUAGAAAACAACAUCAUUGGAAAUCGCAAAGCGUAGGGGAGUCUACGGUAACGGUGACAGUGACAACAGGUUCGGACGGUCAUAAUCAAUGUAUUUCUCAGAAUUCCUCGAGCAAUGGUUGUAACUUUCCUGGUGGUGAUGGUGGACAAUCCACCGAGGAGGAUAUACAACACGAACAAACAACUUUCUCAGCUAAUCGAGAGCUCUGGCAAAGAAGAGCGACCUCUCAAACCCAAUUAAAUCCCCCAAUACCACCAGGCGGCAACGCAACUACAACUUCUUCCAAAUCUUAUCGUAGCUCGCAGGAAUUUCGAGAAAUGCGACAAAAACAGACACCUGAUCUCGUUAUGGAUUUACCAUUGUCGGCACAGGACGCUAGUAAAAAGUCUGCUUCGUCUAGUAGCUUAAGUAGUUCCGACGACGAGACUAGUGUUGUUUUACCUAACAGAACCACCGAAGCAGCAACCUCACCAACAGGUGGUCCUGAAUCACCGGACAUGAGCACCGCUGCCGAACGUUUUGCUAAACAGAAUCAGUGUACAUUGAAAAAGAAUACUAAGACUAAUCCAGAAGGUUCGAAAUUGAAACGUCUUGAAACAGCGGAUCAUUUGGAAUCUACCGAUAUAGAAGGAACGGAAGAGAUCGUAAGAUCGGCCAGUACCAAUCAAAUAUCAGAUUCUCUGGCGCUUCGUUCACCAUUGCCACCUAGAUCAACGCCAAAAAUCGUCGCUAAAUUCGCGGAUAUGCAUUUGACAGGUGGUAGCCAAGUAUCCUCGUUCAAGCCUCAGGUCAAAGUCAAGCCAACAAUUCUUCGAAAACCAGUUUUACCUUUCCCACAUCCUCACAUGAGCCCAGAACUCGCGAGGAAGAUCGAAAAGCAGGCUCAGAGUGCCGAACAAGCUAAUUGAAGAUAUACGCAAAUAUAAAUCCGAUCUACGAUCAUCAUCAUCAUCAUCAUCAUCAUCAUCAUCAUCAUCAUCAUCCUUAUCAUCAUCAUUAUCAUCAUUAUCAUCAUUAUCUUCUCCCACAUCGACCAGUCACUCCGCCCAUUACACUUCGCAAGGACUUAUGUGUUACUCCGUGAGUUUCUCUAGAGAAAAGAAAAAAAAAACAAAAAAAAAAAAAAAAAGAAAGAAAACAAAAAAAAAGAAAAGAAACACGAAAAGAAGAAGAAGAAGAAGAAGGAAAAAAACGAGAACACGACGAAGAAAAAGAAAAGAAGAAAAAUCGUCUGUGGCCGAUAGCAUGGUCCGUUUUAUCUCAAGGCAUACGAGAUCUAUAAUACAUUGAUUCUUACAUUGUUUUAUCAUUUAUAUUUAAAGGAUCUUUUGAAGGAAAGACAGAGGAAACGGAAAUGGGGGAAGAAAGAUUCUCGCAUUGAAAGCUUUUUGCUUAGGUAGAACGGGCCGCUACCGUCCUAUGGGCGUGAGUUUAUUUUUUCUACUGAAUCUUUUCCAUUUUCGCAUAUAAUUUUUUUACCAAAUGAACGAGAAAUAAAAUAAAAUACAAAUACAAUACGAUACAAUAAAAAAAUAAAAUAAAGUAAAAUAAAAUAAAGUAAAAUAAAAUAAAAUAAAAUAAAAUAAAAUGAACCAGCGAAGGGAGACGUUUCUAGUCAUCAAACGAAAGAAAGAGAGAAGAAGAGAAGAAACCGUGAAUGAAAAAGAAAAGAAGAUAAAUAGGACGAUGCAUCGAAUAUAAAUAAUUUCAUGUAGAAGAAGAUGAAGAAGAAGAUGAAGAAGAAGAAGAAGAAGAAGAAGAUAAAAAAGAUUACUUAGUCGACAUGAGAAUAAUCUAUGAUUAUAUUAUGUAUGUAAUUUAUUUUUAAAUCGCGAAAUAUCAGCAUAUCCAAGAACCUCCUCUUAACGAUUUAAUGAUCAUAUUUGUGAUUAUUAUAAACACGUUCGAUGUUCCUUUAAUGCGCAAACGAAUAUAUGAGUUUUAUCCGAAGAAGCUAUAUUUAACGUUGCGAGCUUCUUGUUCACAAUAUAUGCAUAAUUAGUAGAGAAAGAGAGAGAGAGAGAGAGAGAGAGAGAGAGAGAGAGAGAGAGA